GAGGCUCCCAGUGGAGUCUGUGGUGCCGCGUCUCACCGCAGCGGCUGCGGCGGCGCAGUUUUCGGCGCAGGGCAAUACUAGCACAGCACUCGCGGCAGUCACGGAGGUUGUAGUUAAUAUGCUCGAGGACCCGGACGCGUUCGUACUCAGUGUAGAAACUGAUAUGGCUGAAUUCGCAGACUUUGAUACAGAUCAAGAAGCGGUAACGGCCCUGCUGCCCCGGGCGCUGGGCAGUCCCUUUUUCUUGUCGUUGGGUUUGGGUGCGGUGGAGAUUGUGGAUCAGGUAGCGGCUGCCUUUUUGGAUGAAAGUAGGGAGGUGGCGCUGAAUGAGAUGUUCUUGCUCUCCUGGGCCAGUUUCGUGGCCAGUGAGGUCGUCAUGAUACUCCUUACGAUGAUGGUGUACUCCAACCGAGAUCAGGCUGAGAUCAGAUCCCGGCACAAAUACUUCUACAUCCACUUCCUCUUUGGGGCCCUAAUUCUCCCCUUUGUCGCUAUUUUCUUCGUGGGUGUGGCGCUGUUUCAAUUCACUUAUGAUCCGGAUGUCAACGCAGCGCUGUUCACAACAGCAACCAGUCUGAUGGCGAUAGUGGGGAUCAUGUUUGUGCUCGUUCCUUUCACAUACAGGCAGAGAUUCAUGUAUGUGGUAUUCAAGGUGCGCAAGUUCCGGUACCAGAGCUACUACUUUGUGCUCCUACCGUAUCACAUUGGCCUAACCUUGGUGGUCAUCGCGGGUCAUCUGUGGUGCUACUACGACCACGACUCGUGUACGGUGUAUUACGAUUACGUCUUCAUCACCUUUGCCAUAGUAGCAAUUCUCAUCGAGUUCGUCUACUACAGCUACCGCCUGGGAACGCAGACGUACACGACCCUCAUCUUUGUGGAUUCAUGGCAAGCGGCGCGGCUCAUAUUCCUGUGGGGCACCUCAUACGCCGUGGGAUAUGCGUACACCGGCUGGCGUAAUACCAAGAUGCUCAGCGCCCUCUGGAUAUCCUGGCAGCUGAUCAUCUUAACCACGGGGGCGGUCUUUGAUUAUUUCCUGCUGUUGUCGCUGAAAGCGUUCACCCGCAGAAACGGAUACGACUUCAUCACCGAAUUGAACAUGGCGGGGAAUGCGAAUCAGAUGGUGGAUCUAGAUAACAUCUCCAUACUCCUCGAUGACUCUGAACUACGCACAUUGUUUGUGGAAUUCUCGGAGUAUCGGCAUUGCAGUGAAAUGCCAAAGUUUUUAGUGUGUAUGCGGGAGGUGGAGCGCAGGUACAGGGCUACGGAUGACGAGCACGUGCGCGUGUGUGAGAUUGACGAAGCCAUACGCCGCAUCACAGCCGAAUUCGUGACACCUGCAGUCCUAAAUAUCGCCGGCGAGGUGCAGGCACUCUUGGUGCACAAUCUUUCGGAGCUAUACGGUGUGAGUGUGACUAGGCGGUAUACGAGCUCUGUCUCGGCCAACUUUGUACUCAAUACGGACUCGUACCAAUCGCACCAAGCCAUCAACUUCCCCGCAGAGGGACCCCCGCCGGACACCGACUGGGACGAGGUUCUGGACUGGUUCAGGCCUGCGUAUCACCAGAUCCAAACGAUACUGCGCAUGAGUGUGCUACCGGUGUUCCGACAGAGUCCGCAGCUGAUGCAAAUACUCGAGAACAGGCACGCUCAGCAGGACGCCUUGCAGCGAGACGGGGUGUUACAUGCAACUACACCAGCGUUCAACAUGUCGGAAAGGGUCAGGUACAUUGCCAACACAGAGAUUGUUCGCGCAAAUAGCUCGGACGGGAGUGCGAGUAACCGACGCUCGGAGAGAGGGCGGCAUUUACUGGGGGAUGCUGAAGGCAGCACGCGCACAUUUGAAGCAGUUCCAAGGGCUGCCUUGGGUGCAGUGGACACGAAGGGUGAUUGCCUGUCGAGUGGCCAUAAGACUGGGCGAGCACCCGUACUGCAGCGAGGUACAAACACGUCUAUGAUGGCAAUAGAUAGCGAUCUGGCUGGGAGCGGGCGCCAUGAUGUGUAUAAUAUGCCAGCUGCUGGUACGAGCCCAUGCAAACCACUGAAGCCUGGGAACUCGCCGGGACAACAAGCAGCCCUACAGGCGAACAGUGUGCUCGAUGUUGACGGGGGUGGGUUGUGUAUGAAUUUGAACGGCCCGCAGAGCCUGCACAGAAGCAUGAGCAGUGAUAGAACAACUCAGUCGGAUAGAAAUACACACGCAUAUGAACACGGCCAAAAUCCAUACACCCCUAAAUACUUGCAUAUGAGGACAUUUACACGUGGAGAUGCGGAUUCUAGUGUAGAAACGCACAAGCCCACCUCGAGCACAAAGGACAUGCAGUCAAGCACCUCUAUAGAGAUGGAGAAAAAGGUCACUGGUAGACGCCUUGAUAUUAUGCAGGCGCUUAAUAACUCUGAACGUUUAGAUCACGGUUGGAGCCAACCAGUCACUGUAAAAAAUAUAGCAGAGGCAUCGCAGAUACCUGCACUGAAUCUCGAUACCUCACAUAACCCCGCACAGGAAACCCCUUCACAAGAAACAUCAAAAAUAACUACGCAAGAGACAUCACGAAUACAAACACAAGCACUCAUACCAGAUCAGGCAAUAUCAACCGGUGUUGUGAAAGACACAUCCGCUGCGGCUACAAAUACGACUGAUGGCAUAAAUCCGUCCACGGUCGAUUCCACAGAUGCAUAUACGCGAGAGCAGGAUAUAGGGAUCGGUGACCACAUGGUCACGGAAGCGAAAGCAGGAGAGUAGGACGAUAGGAAAUGUUCGCCUGUAUUCUAGGUGAAACUCUUCUGGGGACAAUAUAACUAGAAUAAAGAAAUUCUGUAAGCCAUAUUGAUGCACAACGGUUGACGCACAUUGGAAAUUGGUUUGGUGCACGUGCGUUAUUGAUGUGGCUCGUCCUUAUAAA